UGCCUUAUUUAUAGACGACACACUGGCAGGAGACCUAAUCGCCUGCCGCUGCUUACUGCUACGAAAGCUGGAGCAUAGCAGGCGCAGCUGUCGUUCGUAGCCAGCUCGCAGUGCUGAUAGAUGUAUUGUGCAAGCAUACUGCGCAGUAUGACAGAUAGCUCACCUCUACAUUUCACUGCGCCGCAUGUGAAACGUCCGUCCGAUUCAGAACGUGUGGUUCCAUCUCUGACGUUAAUUGGACAUGGAGAUAUUGAUAGAAUAAAGGUGACAAAUGCUCCCCUCCCGGAAGCCCCCAGUGCAGACGAGGUUGAGGUGGACAUCUACUACUGCGGGAUGAAUUUCACCGAUAAUUACUUGCGCCUUGGUCUCAUAAGGAACACUCACUUCCCAGUCAUCAUGGGGAGUGAAUGCGCUGGAAUCAUUACACGCGUUGGGGCUAACGUAACUGAUUUCAAGGUUGGACACAGAGUGCUAUGUUUGCGGAUGCAUGGCGGUCUCUUCCGCCACAUAGUCCACGUUAAACAGAGAAACUGCUUCCUCAUACCGGACCCAAUCACGUUGCUAGAUGCUGUCGGGAUUGGUCUCUACUUCUUGAUGGCCCAUCUGUGUUUAUUUGACAUUGGUCAUCUCCGAAAGGGGCAAGUUGUUUUUAUGGAAUCCAUUGCAGGUGGCGUCGGCACAGCAGUAUGCCAGCUUGCACGGACCGUACCUCUUGUGACCGUCAUGGGAACCGCCUCUCAAAUAAAGCACGCAAACGUGUCACAACUCGGGACGCACCGCGUUUUUCUACACCAAGAGAACUAUGAAGAUGUGAUCGCGACCCGGUGUCCUCGUGGUGUGGAUAUCAUAAUUAAUAGCAGCGGUGGAAGUUACACAGAAAAAUACUCCAAACUUCUCAGACCAUGCGGGAAAUUGAUCAAUAUUGGUUCAAAUAACACAGCUAUAUAUCCUGAAUCAUCAAUUUGGGGCUUCCUGAAACCGAAAUGGGAUACCACGUACAUACCUACAGCAGAGCUUAUCAGUCGUAACUACAGUGUAGCAGGCAUCAACAUCGGAAGUUUGCUGCAGUCUGAUCAAGAUCGCCUAAGACGUGUGCUUGCAGAUAUAUUUAGUCUCCACAUCAAGAGGAGGAUACGUUCUCACGUCGACGUAGUAUUACCUUUCGAAAGAUUCGAAGAUGGUUUUAGGCAGUUGUGUACAAGGAGCAAUUGCGGAAAGAUAGUAUUAAGAGUAAAGAUGGAGCCUGAACCACCCACUGCAGUGGUCACGCAUGUAAGUCUGGAUGAUCUAGCUGCGCAUAAAAUAGGAGAAACUUCUAACAAUAGUAGCUGUGCUAAUGGCAAACACGAAGACGGUACCAAAGCACCUGAAGCAAGCUGAGGGCAGAAAUUUCGACGAAUCGGCCACAUUAGAUUUGAUGUGAUGAAACGCAUGUAUUAUUAAAAAUUUAGAUUACUUUAGAAAAAGUGGUUUUGGUAAAAUAGCCCAAUUUAUAUCUGGGAGGAUAGUCCAACUUAAAUUUCGUCAGUGUUAUUUUAUGUUAUGCUAAAACCUCGAUUUUUAACAAUUGUAAUAAUAGUGCAAACCUUGUUAAUCUAAGGUUGAAGUUUUGCAAUACUAAAACAAGUGAAUGUUACGAAAAAUAGUCUACAUUCUAUACCCAUUUCUUUAGCAUACGUCCUUGAAAAUAGUCACGUGAUUAAAAAAAUGGUCUGAGCUGCUCUAAAAAACUUACUAUUCAACGGAGCUUUAGUUCAUCACAGAAGGUUAUAAACGAGGUCAGCUAAAUGUCUUCUUCAGUGUGUUCGAUAGCACCAGCGUCUGAGAUGCUCCGCCGUGUGGUAUUGUCACUUCAGUAACCAAUUUACGUCCUAUCUUGUGCGCUUACUUAAAUGAAGGUGAGAGAGAUCAGAAUUUGGUUUGUGAAAAUAAACUGUCUCUGCUGAAAUUAAGCAAAGGUUUGUACAAACUGGAUCAGCUACUGGCUGCAAGUCAUGGAACACUAACACAAAAGAUCCUCUGUUUAUACUCCCGACCAACAAUAUUGUCCAAGAUUUGAAACUGCUCAGAACGACAGAAAUACAAAACUCUUUACGAAAUAAUUACUAUGCUGCUUGCUCCUUCCAUAUGUUCUAAGUGAAACAUUCCUCUAAGGCGUCGAAUAACUCCAGCAUUUUAAAUACGAUUUUUAAGUGAAUGAAAAACCGAACAGAAACGUAAACAUGAAUACUGAAACACAGGUAAUGUUUAGGCUAUUGCUAAAAUGCAUAGUAAAAAGAAUGCUAUGAUACUUACAUGCAUAACAAGGAUGCUGAGGACGUGUAGAGUUUAAAACUGGCUUAGCGCUCUUGUAUGAUAUACUACCUCUUCCGAAAUUCGUCAGCCGUUAAGAAUGGCAGACAAAUUUUAUACGUCUCUUCAAAUGUACUUCCUUAUAAGACAUAAUCUUUAUUGUUAUUAAAUGACUUAGUUUAUACAGAGUGUUCUUAUUCCUAAUAUCGAGUCCUUGAACUAAGUUGUUAGUCUGACAGAUUAGUACAAUUUUCGUUAAGGUAGAAGGUAAUAAGCAAGGGAAAACAGAAUACAGUUAAUUGAAGAGUAGUCUCAAUGUGCAACAUCCUGGAAUUAAGCAUUGAGAUCCUAUCGCAAGUAAAAGGAACUAUGAAGUCACUUCUAAAAUCCUUGGGUAAUAAAGUAUCAGAAUUGAUGUAAUUAGUUAAUAUUUACUUCCUAAGAGUACUUGCAAAUGAGAAAUGUCUUAGAUGGCGUUUAGUGAGAUACAUAUUGCGCUCAUAAGUUUGUUAUAGUUCCUAUUUUUUAAAAAAACAUAAGUCUAUUUCCAAUUCGCAGCCUUCUUUCUAAGUUGAUAAUGUCGCACAGUCAACACUAAAUUGCGUUCUUACUAGACUUUCAGUAGAUGGUGGAGGAUCUAGCCCCCGAAGGUAGAAAAGAAUGAGAAAGAAUACCUUAAGUUUUCGAUUACAUAGUGCACUUCUGAAAGCGAUGACUUAAAUUUUUGAUUUGAACGUAAUGCUUAAGUUUUAUUUACUUACCUUAGUACAACAUCUACAACCUGCGGAGGGAAUUCUUGUGAAGUUACUUUCUCUUAAGCUCCAGAGUAGAAGUAUCAAGAUGUCCGAAUGCAAUUUCCACUUAAUGUACGAGAAGGAAAGUGAGAGGCAGGUAAAUAAAUAAUUUUUUUUAAGGCUACUAGAAAGUAAACACCUAACUGGUGCCGUACUUAAGUGAUACAAGCAAAAAGAUUGAUCUCUAAUGUAGAAAAGGAACUUCGAUCCACGACAUGAUGGGUAGCGUGGUACUAGUCGUAUCUCCGCCAGAAUACAAUAAGAGCUUCUAGUUGGUGCAACACGGCUUUUAAAUAUGUCAUAGUUCUAACAGCGACACAUACGUUUAGAGAAUACAGCUGCUUUGAUAAUUAAAAAUAGUUUCUGCCGUCUAACUUGGACGUUUAUUUUACGGUCUGACUUUUCUGCAUCUCUGUAAGUACUCAACAACAUAUUCUGCUAGCCACCGUUAGAUACAUAGCGGUGGGCACCAAUGACGUUACUACUACUACUACUACUACUACUGAUUUCCUUUCCUGAUGGAGUCUGUUCCACCGCAAAUGGAGCGAGGGAAAAAUGACAGUCUAUACGUCUCCGUACCAGGUCUAAUUUCCCUUUCUAAAUUAGAACUACAUUAAUACCUUCAGCUGCUAACGCGGACAGGUGAAAAUGUGCGCCCCGACUGGGGCUGGGACCGGGACCCGAACCCAGGAUCU